UUUAGUUGCAAAAGUUAUUAGAAUGUAUGACUUACGCGAACACAUUUAUUUACCAUUUAAUCUUGGAAUUAUUUUUGGGUUUUGUUUGUAGCCAACGUUAGCAAAGUUAAAAUAUAAGCGGUUAAUUAGUUAACACUGCAAAAUUCACGCCACAUUUUAUAGUGGGCAUGUUGCUUCAAAUUUUUGUUAUCCUAUUGUCAGAGCUAUUUGUUUACAAUGGUUGAUUUUGAAGUUGGUGUCAUACUGCCAUGCGCCGGGUCAGGAGAAAGAUUAGGUGGCGUGAUUCCUAAGCAGUAUUGUAAAGUGCUGGGCAAGCCGCUGUUCAUGUAUGCACUGGAGGCUUUCGAUCAGCUGCCGUACGUGAAGAGGAUCGCAUUGGUUGUUGACAAACACGAGCAAGUGCGGAGCUGGAUCCAGGAGUUUGGGGUGAAUGAGGAGAAGAUCACUGUUGUUAAGGGAGAAGCUACCCGCCACAGGUCCAUCAGAGCUGGCUUGCAGUCCCUGCAGAAAAAUGAGGACAGCAUGAAGGUGGUGGUGGUUCACGACGCGGUGCGACCGCUGGUGCCGCGGCCAGUGGUCGACGAGCUGAUGUUGGCGGCGGAGCGACAUGGCGCGGCAGGGCUCACUCGCCCCCUCGUCUCGACCGUGCUCGAGCCGGGAGCGGACGGGCUGCUGGCCCGCUGCCUCGACCGGUCGCGGCACCUCGCCAGCGAGACCCCCCAGGCCUUUCAGCUGGGUGUCCUUGCUGCCGCGUAUGCCAAGUGCAGCGCGGAGGAUCUGGACACGGGGACGGAGUGUCUGGAGCUGGCCCGUGCACACGCCUGUGUGCGAGCGUGCCUCAUUCAGGGGCCAGAGGAGCUGUGGAAGGUGACUCACAAGAAGGACAUCUACGCGGCCGAGGGCUGCCUCAGAGAGGCGAUGAACAGCGUGUGCAUCGUGGCUGCGGAGGAAAGCGAGGCGGUCCGGCUGCUCGCAGAGUCCCUGAGCUGCCGCGUCGCCAGCGUCCGGCACGUCCGCUCAGCGGCAGACCCGCCCGCCGGCUCCUCCAAGGACACCUUCAACACCGUCAUCUUCUUCCACGAGCAUGAGAUCGACCAGGAGAACCAGCUGCUCGAGUUCGCCACCAUGUUGGACUUUGAGAAGCAGGGCCUGAUCGUACAUGUGAUGGACCACACCAGCUCGGACGGCAUGCAGACCAUGUCUGUGUACGACCUACACUGUGCGGGCCGCAGCAUGGCCAAGCACUACGAGAAGCUUCGCAAGGGCGUGGCCGUGAUCCACCGUCUGACCCCGGGGGAGGAUGCGCGGUUGGCGGAGCUCGUGGCCAGCUUGGUGCUGUCUGACCCUCCAACCUUCUCCGGCCAGACGCUCUUUCUCUAGGCCGGCCACACCACAGCACAUCUCUACUACACUCAAAUCAGCCAAAAUCAGGGUGCCUAAGGGCUAAGAAAGUGACGGAAAUAUCCAGAAAUAAACAGUAAGGGUGCUUAAGUUUAUGCAGCUUCAAUUUCUAGCAGCAUUUGUUUUUUGACAACUCACGUCAGUUAAUGGCAUUACAUUCAAUAUAAACAGGUCGAGACUGCCCCACUUAUAUCAUCUCUGAAAAUGUUUUAGCUUUCUAACCAAAAAUCAACAUGUUCCUGCAAAUAGUUUUAAUUUGAAUAAAUUUUGCCCAAAUUAAAUUUUAUGAAAUAUAUAUGCAGUAUAUAUAAUCACCCCGUGAUUUAUAAAAAAAAAUUUAGAAAACAUUUUGAAAGGCACUUAAAAGUUUUGAAAAUGGUUUUUGUAGAUGCCGUGAUCUUGCAGAAUUUAAGUACAGUAGAAUCCCGCUGGAACGACCCCUCACGGUUCCCGAUAAAACGGUCGUACUUACGGAAGGGUCGUUCCAGAGAAUUUGGGCAAUUUUUGGCCAAUUUCCCCCGCAACCCCCCGGCCGUUUCACGGAAAGAACCGUCCUUUAUUUGGGCAGCUUUAAAAUAACAUCGUGCUAAUGUUAUGUAACGUGGGUAGUAUAUUUUUUAUCCAUUUAUUGCCCCCCCCCCCUUCCCCCUCUUUUGGCGUCACCAUUCGUCCCGCCGCGCCGGAUGCCUGCCAGACACGUCUCUCGGCGCCAGGCGAGCUAACGGGCGGCGGACAUAAUAACCAACCGACGUGAGAAGGGAAGCGGACGUCAGAAUAUUUUCCCUGGAUUUUAAAAGUGUGACAGCUGAGGUUGUUAUAAAUAAGGGUCGGGCCAAAAAGCUUUUUUACAUGGUACGUAACUGGGUGGUUUGAAAUAUAGAGCGGCCGAAACACAAAAAUGGUCCGAAGCGAUGGCAACGUUUUUUUUUACAGCUUCAGAUAAUGAUAAACAAAAAAUAUAUUUAAGCUAUAUUCAAGAUAACCCGAAAAAUUUAAUUCCAAAUACACUUUUAGUUCAAUAAACUAUGCUUGUAAGCAGUGGAGCAGUGUAUACAUGUAUGUAACAAUAACAACAAAGAACAAUUGAAAAAAAAAAAACUCACCAGAUUACAGUAUUAUCCAACAUGAUAUAUGCGGCAGCUGUUAAUUAAUUUUUUUUAAGCAUUUUUGUUCUUCAAAGUCACACAUGUUAGACACGUCGACGAGACGUAAAACAAAAAAAAACAUUAACGAACAUAAAAAA